AUGUCAAGAACGCCACACCAUGUCCUUGUAGUCUUCGUCAGCAUCAAUUCCACGGCCAAGUUCAUCUUGGGUGGGCGGCCCUCAUGCCCACUUAUAAAUAGGGCAGAUCAUAAUAAACGAAUAUUACUAACCAGGCUAAGAGAACAAAAAACAUAUACUCUCCGAGGCAUGGACACAGAAGGUGGCUCUGUUCAACUUCUACUUUUCGUUCUCUUUUCGGGUUUUUUGUUCUUUGAGACCUUUAAACUUGGCUCCUGCAAUGAUGAUCUUCAAGUGGGUUGCAAGGAGAUUGAGAAGAAAGCUCUCCUCAAGUUCAAAGAAGGCCUCACAGAUCCUUCAGGCCGACUCUCUUCUUGGUUUGGAGAUGAUUGUUGUAAAUGGAGAGGAGUGAGCUGCAAAAACCAAACUGGACAUGUCAUCAAGCUUAAACUCCGUAACCCAUUUCCAAACAACUACGAUAUUGAUCAAACAACUCACGAAUUGGGAGGCGAGAUCAAUCCUUCUUUACUCAAUUUAAAGUAUUUGAACUACUUGGACCUCAGCAUGAAUAAUUUUGGAGGAAUCCGAAUUCCGGAGUUCCUCGGGUCCCUGACAAAACUUAGGUAUCUCAAUCUUUCAAGUGCAUCCUUCGGUGGCACGAUCCCUCCAAAUCUCGGAAAUCUUUCGACUUUGCGUUAUCUUGAUCUCGAAGAUAACCUCGAGUCUUCUGUUGACGGAUUGAAGGUGAAUAACUUGCAAUGGUUGUCGAAUUUUAAGUCCUUGAAGUACCUUAAUUUGGCAAGUGUAGACCUUAGCAAGGUUGCAUCUUCUUGGCUUUCAACUAUGAAUAUGUUUCCUUCUCUUGUGGAGUUGCAUUUGCCCCAGUGUCAGCUAUCCAACCUUCCUAUCUCUCUUCCACUUGUUAAUCUUACAUCCCUUUUGGUCCUUGACCUCUCCAACAACGGUUUCGACUCCACAAUACCUUACUGGCUGUUCAAUCUCACUAGCCUUGCAUAUCUUAAUCUCAAUUCCAACAAUAUCCAUGGUGGACUUCCUGAUGCAUUUUCCAAGUUAACUUCCCUUGAAAACCUUGAUCUAUCUGAGAAUGGCAUUGAAGGUCGGUUAUCGAGAGGAUUGCAAAAUCUCUGCAACUUGUGGAAUCUGGACCUUUCCACUAACAAGAUUACCGGUGAAAUAUCUGAAGUUAUCAAUGGAUUAUCUGGAUGCAAAAAUAACAGCUUAGAGAUGUUGGAUUUGGGGUCCAACGAAUUGACAGGCAGUCUCCCCGAUUCAAUGGGCCACCUUAUAAACUUGCGAUAUGUUGUACUCCGGCAAAACUUGUUCAGCGGUUCCAUUCCAGAAACGGUAGGGAACUUAUCAUCUUUGGAGGAAUUGUACCUUUCAAACAACCAAAUGAGUGGAAACAUCCCUCCAAGGCUUGGUCAACUGUCAUCUUUGGUUGUGUUGGACAUCUCUGAGAAUUCAUGGGAAGGUGUCAUAACAGAAGCUCAUCUCUUGAAUCUCUCGAGCUUAAAGGAGAUAUCACUCUAUAAAGAAUCUCCAAAUAUUUCCUUGUUUUUCAACAUCGAUUCUGAUUGGAUUCCUCCUUUUAAACUCACAUACAUUAGAAUUCGAUCGUGCCAAUUGGGCCCCAGAUUUCCUCCAUGGCUCAGAAAUCAAAAUAAGCUGAUCACUGUGAUACUCAACAAUGCAAGGAUUUCAGACACCAUACCAGACUGGUUCCUGAAGUUUGGUUUGCAACUCGACGAACUGGACGUUGCAUACAAUCAAUUAAGGGGCACUGUACCCAACCCAUUACAAUUCAGUGACUCCUCCAAUGUCGAUCUGAGCUCGAACCUCUUUGAGGGUCCUCUCCCUCUCUGGUCAUCUAAUGUGAGUACCCUAUAUCUAAGGGAUAACUUGUUUUCUGGACCAAUUCCUCCUGACAUUGGUGAAUUAAUGCCUAAUCUGACAGACUUGGAUAUCUCUUGGAACUCUCUAAACGGUAGCAUUCCCUUGUCCAUAGGUAAUCUGAAUGGUUUGACAACUCUGGUCAUCUCGAAUAAUCUUCUUUCUGGAGAAAUUCCACAUGUUUGGAACAAUGUGCCAUUGUUGUACAUUGUGGAUAUGUCAAACAAUAGCCUUUCUGGUACGAUUCCAAGUUCAAUUGCUUCUCUAAGAUCCGUCAGAUUCUUAAUACUUUCUAGCAACAAUCUUUCAGGGGAACUCCCUUCUGGCUUGAAAAACUGCACUGAGAUGAUCAGCCUUGAUGUUGGAGACAAUCAAAUAUCUGGAAGGCUUCCAGCUUGGAUAGGAGAAAACAUGACAUCGUUAUUAAUUCUCCGUGUUCGGAACAAUUCCUUUGCUGGAAACAUACCUGCAAGUAUAUGUUAUCUCUCUGCCCUUCACAUAUUGGACCUUUCACAGAAUAAGCUGACAGGAUUAGUUCCUCCCUGUAUAGGGAACUUGACUGGCUUCAAAACUGAGGUUACACCUGAAACUGUGAGGUAUGAGGGGCGAUUGCAAGUCAUGGCCAAGGGAAGAAUGCUUCAAUAUUUCUCUACACUUUACCUUGUGAAUAGCCUCGAUAUUUCGAGAAAUAAUUUAUCUGGAGAGAUGCCUAAAGAAGUAACAAGCCUGACAAGGUUGGGCACCUUGAAUUUGUCCAUGAAUCAUAUGACAGGGAACAUACCUGCAAAUAUCGGAAGCUUGGAAUGGUUAGAAACUCUGGACCUCUCAAUGAACAACUUUUCAGGGUCUAUUCCACCAACCAUGGCUUCUAUGACUUUUCUGAAUCACUUGAACCUGUCAUAUAACAAUUUGUCUGGUAAAAUUCCAACAGGCAAUCAGUUCCUAGUCCUCGAUGAUCCAUCAAUUUAUGAGGGUAAUGUUGCACUUUGUGGGUUUCCGCUAACUAUCGCGUGCGUUAGCAAUGACCCGCCUCAAGCUCCAGCUGGGGAGAAUGCAUUUUCCAAGUUAACUUCCCUUGAAAACCUUGAUCUAUCUGAGAAUAGCAUCGAAGGUCAGUUAUCGAGAGGAUUGCAAAAUCUCUGCAACUUGUGGAAUCUGGACCUUUCCACUAACAAGAUUACCGGUGAAAUAUCUGAACUUAUCAAUGGAUUAUCUGGAUGCAAAAAUAACAGCUUAGAGAUGUUGGAUUUGGGGUCCAACGAAUUGACAGGCAGUCUCCCCGAUUCAAUGGGCCACCUUAUAAACUUGCGAUUUGUUGCACUCCGGCAAAACUUGUUCAGCGGUUCCAUUCCAGUAACAGUAGGGAACUUAUCAUCUUUGGAGGAAUUGUACCUUUCAAACAACCAAAUGAGUGGAAACAUCCCUCCAAGGCUUGGUCAACUGUCAUCUUUGGUUGUGUUGGACAUCUCUGAGAAUUCAUGGGAAGGUGUCAUAACAGAAGCUCAUCUCUUGAAUCUCUCGAGCUUAAAGGAGAUAUCACUCUAUAAAGAAUCUCCAAAUAUUUCCUUGUUUUUCAACAUCGAUUCUGAUUGGAUUCCUCCUUUCAAACUCAUAUACAUUAGAAUUCGAUCGUGCCAAUUGGGCCCCAGAUUUCCUCCAUGGCUCAGAAAUCAAAAUAAGCUGAUCACUGUGGUACUCAACAAUGCAAGGAUUUCAGACACCAUACCAGACUGGUUCCUGAAGUUUGGUUUGCAACUCGACGAACUGGACGUUGCAUACAAUCAAUUAAGGGGCACUGUACCCAACCCAUUACAAUUCAGUGACUCCUCCAAUGUCGAUCUGAGCUCGAACCUCUUUGAGGGUCCUCUCCCUCUCUGGUCAUCUAAUGUGAGUACCCUAUAUCUAAGGGAUAACUUGUUUUCUGGACCAAUUCCUCCUGACAUUGGUGAAUUAAUGCCUAAUCUGACAGACUUGGAUAUCUCUUGGAACUCUCUAAACGGUAGCAUUCCCUUGUCCAUAGGUAAUCUGAAUGGUUUGACAACUCUGGUCAUCUCGAAUAAUCUUCUUUCUGGAGAAAUUCCACAUGUUUGGAACAAUGUGCCAUUGUUGUACAUUGUGGAUAUGUCAAACAAUAGCCUUUCUGGUACGAUUCCAAGUUCAAUUGCUUCUCUAAGAUCCGUCAGAUUCUUAAUACUUUCUAGCAACAAUCUUUCAGGGGAACUCCCUUCUGGCUUGAAAAACUGCACUGAGAUGAUCAGCCUUGAUGUUGGAGACAAUCAAAUAUCUGGAAGGCUUCCAGCUUGGAUAGGAGAAAGCAUGACAUCGUUAUUAAUUCUCCGUGUUCGGAACAAUUCCUUUGCUGGAAACAUACCUGCAAGUAUAUGUUAUCUCUCUGCCCUUCACAUAUUGGACCUUUCACAGAAUAAGCUGACAGGAUUAGUUCCUCCCUGUAUAGGGAACUUGACUGGCUUCAAAACUGAGGUUACACCUGAAACUGUGAGGUAUGAGGGGCGAUUGCAAGUCAUGGCCAAGGGAAGAAUGCUUCAAUAUUUCUCUACACUUUACCUUGUGAAUAGCCUCGAUAUUUCGAGAAAUAAUAUAUCUGGAGAGAUGCCUAAAGAAGUAACAAGCCUGACAAGGUUGGGCACCUUGAAUUUGUCCAUGAAUCAUAUGACAGGGAACAUACCUGCAAAUAUCGGAAGCUUGGAAUGGUUAGAAACUCUGGACCUCUCAAUGAACAACUUUUCAGGGUCUAUUCCACCAACCAUGGCUUCUAUGACUUUUCUGAAUCACUUGAACCUGUCAUAUAACAAUUUGUCUGGUAAAAUUCCAACAGGCAAUCAGCUCCUAGUCCUCGAAGAUCCAUCAUCAAUUUAUGUGGGUAAUGUUGCACUUUGUGGGUUUCCGCUAACUAUCGCGUGCAUUAGCAGUGACCCGCCUCAAGCUCCAGCUGGGGAGAGUAUAGGAGAAACAGAUGAUGCACUUGAAAAGAUAUUGUUCUCAAUUUGCAUAGGAUCGGGAUUCUUCCUAGGAUUUUGGGGAGUUUGUGGCACUUUGAUAAUAAAGCAGCGAUGGAGAGGCGCUUAUUUCCAUUUUCUUGAAGGAGUAAAAGAUAGGCUUUUUGAAGUGCUCUAUUUAAAACUCACUUAUCUGCAGAGGAAAGUCUUUGGAUCUUGAAUAUUAAUUACAUACAUAGAAAACUUUUAACAUAUUGCAUGAGAUGUAGUCCAUAAAUAAACCUAGAUACAAUAAGAACAAUGUUUAGAAUUGUAUCAUGCAUACUGUUAAAUACUAUGAGGUUUUCAACUAUAUUAUUGUAAUGUUUCGUAUUAACCACAAUAUAAACUAAGGGGAAGAUAAAAGAAAGAGUAGUCUUGUACCAUCAUCCAAAAAUUGCAUACUAAUUAAU